UUGUGUAGAGGUCUCAAUUUCGAUCAGCUCGUUUCGGAGCCUAGUCAUGGACCCAAUAUUUUAAAUCUCAUUCUGACUAACAAUUCACAACCCAUAAGUAAUACGGUGAUCCAAACACCAAUUUAUAAUAGUGACCAUGCAUCUGUCGCUUUUGACAUCAACAUUUGGCCGGGAACAAAAAUAGCAGAAAUGUUUGUUCGGACUUCAGCUAUAAUUCAUCAUACCAUCGAAUUGUUUGUUCCACUCAAGCCUCAAAAGACUAAUGGAGUACAGCUUCCACUUCACUUGAUCAGAUGUAAUCGCAAAAAGAAUUCAGCUUGGGCUAAGGCUGUGUCGAGUGAUAAUCAAGCGCAUUGGGACGAAUACAAUAAAUUGAGAACUACUUUUGGGAAAAAGUUGAGCAAGUUCCAUAAUCAUGUUGAAAGAAAAGUUAUCUUUUCCAAGAAUAAGAACGCUUUCUAUAGGCUACUCAAUUCAAGGCUGCGGAAAACUAAAGGAUUAGGGGUUCUUCUCAGGGAGGAUGGGAUUGCAGUAUGCAAAGAUAGACAAAGCCGAGAUUCUGGCCAACGUCUUCGCGAGCUAGGUGCCGCACCGUCAUUUCCGGUAAUGCGGGAUUCACUUUGGUUCGAAAAGGAAGAAAUAUGUAAGUUACUGAUUCGAAGGCCCAGAUCCCGUUCGGAUACACCUGAUCAUGUCCCACUGGUAAUAAAAAGGUAG